AGCAGCAACAGAAGCAGAACUUCCACGGUACUUUUAAAAUGUUUCGCCGCUGCCAGCUCGCGCGUUUUUUCCGUCGGACGCCUCUGUUGUGGGCCGAUGAAAAAGAGCAGGUGUUUGAGCGGUACACCGAGAUUGAAAACUCCAACGCACGGCGCAUCAGCGGACUGAAGGCGGCCGGACUGUUCAAUGACGAGUGGAUUGCGACAGAGAAGGUGCACGGCGCCAACUUUGGCAUCUACUCCAUCAAUCACGGAAAGACGAUUCGAUACGCAAAGCGCAGCGGUAUUAUGCCACCCAAUGAACAUUUCUUUGGCUACCAUAUUCUCAUUCCCGACCUCACGCUAUACGCGCAAAAAUGCCGCGAGCUGCUCACCACGCAACUGCAGGUGUCCGCGAGCAGCAUCAUCGUAAACGGCGAGCUUUUCGGCGGCAAGUACGACCACCCAAAUGUGCCCAAAAAACGUCAGAGCGUCCUUGUGGGCGGCAGAGCGCGUUCCAUCACCGCCGUGCAAAGCGACCCCUUUCCGCAGUACUGCCCCGAUCUCCACUUCUACGCCUUCGACAUCAAGUACAAAUUAAACGAAGAGGAUACGGACUACGUUACGCUGACCUACGAUGAGGCCACCGCGAUCUUCGAGGCCAUCCCGGGCCUGCUGUACGCCAAGGCGAUCAUUCGAGGGCCUCUCAGCAAGGUGGCCGCCUUCGACGUGGAGACGUUCACCACGACCAUCCCGCCGUUGGUGGGCAUGGGCGACUAUCCGCUCAAGGGUAAUUGGGCUGAAGGCCUCGUAGUGAAGCACCACAAGCGCGGCAAGCCCGGAUUUGACCCGGCGGUGCUCACCAUUCUCAAGUUCAAGUCUACCGCCUUCCAAGAAAUAUCGAACGAUCGCCUCCAGGGCCCGCGCGUGGAUGAGAUGGAGGAGGUGCGCCGUGAGUCCAUUCAAGUGUCUGGUGUGCAGCUGCCGGAUAUCGAAAGCGUCAUUCGCGACCCUGAAGUACGUGCGGCAACGCAGCAUUUGCUGAAUCACGUGUGCGACAACCGACUCAAGAGUGUGCUGUCGAAAAUCGGAACAGAUCCCUUUGAGACGCAGACGAUGACGCCGAAUGAGCUGGCAACGCUGCUGGCCAAGGACGCGCUAAAGGACUUUCUCAAGGAAGCAGAGCCGAAGAUUGUCAACUCCCCUCUCCUGCUGCGACGUGAGAUCACUCGGUACGUUUUGUUUGAGUCGCGCAAGUACAUUGCGAGAAAGUGGAAACAGAUCGUGGCUCAGCAAACGGAGGCCAGUGGGUGAUGGUGCAGCGUCGUCGCUGCUGACCUGAUAGGCUGCUGUCGUUGCUGGCUGCUUGUAUGCAGAGAAAUGGGUCGUCACAUACGGAAAGACUACAAGCUGGGUAUCUGCUGCGUGGUGACGCCGUUGCAAGGCAGUAUUUAUUGUUGUUGUC